AUGGGAUUGGAUAUCAAGAUGAGAUUAGUGUUGAGCAACACAUUCAUGUCACUAGUAAUAGUUUGCAAUCUUGCAUACUAUUCAUAUUUGAAGGAGAAUGAUGAUAGUCAUAUUCAAAUCGCUUCAUUAAUUACAAACAUACCUACAUCAGACCCUGAUAAAUAUUCAAGCUAUUUGAGUCUCUCAAUUGCUGCCUUUUGCUUGAUGUUGGUAGGAUUUUUGAUUGGAAUGGUUUAACCAUUUUUGAAAUAGGCAGCACUUACUUAUGCUUAGGCUUUAUUGAUAUUAGUAGGCUAUGUGUGCUUAUUUGCAGGAAUUUUUAUACUAGACUCAUUCUCAUAUGGAUUUAAAGAAGGAGAAAGCUUCAAUUAUCAAGUGGCUUCAUUUUUUGCAAUCGGAGGAGUCUUCAUAUAAGGAAUGGUUAAUUCAUGGAGACAAAGAUCAAUCAGUUGAACAAUUAUCAUAUAAACAAUACAAUAUAAUUGCAAUUGAA